GUCCACCCCUCUGUACUUUCUUUUUCUCCUUCACUGUGCCCUAUUGCGCGAGACCCAGACUGUUCUGAAACUCCGCGCAUCGCCCCGCAAAUAAGGGGGUGAGUGAGUCUACAUUUCCAGUGACACCAGGGUAACCAUCACCACGGAAACAAAUCAUCCACCUCACUGCUGUGUCCCCAAAUCACCAGAUGCUCUCGGUACCACAGUAAGAGUCAUGUCAGACAAAGGAGGAGAGAAGGCGAGCGUGGUGAGGAAGGAGGAGGCGAGUCCAGCAGCACAGGCCAAUCAGAACAAAGGAGCUCCCUGUGCGCCAUGUUGCCACAAGGUCGCCAUGGCUGUUCCUCCUGCAUACUCAGACCUGGGAAAAGCCACCAAAGACAUCUUCGGCAAGGGCUAUGGCUUUGGAAUCGUGAAACUGGACCUAAAGACCAAGGCCCAGAGUGGAGUUAUGGAGUUUACAACCUCAGGCUCCAGUAACACAGACACAGGGAAGGCAACAGGUAACCUGGAGACCAAGUACAAGGUGAAGAAGCUGGGCCUGAGCUUCAACCAGAAAUGGAACACAGACAACACCCUGACCACAGAGGUCUCCAUGGAGGACCAGCUGGCUAAGGGCUUGAAGCUGGCCCUGGACACGUCGUUUGUGCCCAACACUGGUAAGACGAGUGCCAAGCUGAAGACUGGCUACAAGCGCGACUUCAUCAACUUGGGCUGUGACCUUGACUUUGACAUGGCCGGCCCUACGGUUCACGCAGCUGCUGUGCUGGGCUACGAGGGCUGGCUGGCCGGGUACCAGAUGGCUUUCGACACAGCCAAGUCUAAACUGUCCCAGAACAACUUUGCCCUGGGAUACAAGGCUGGGGACUUCCAGCUCCAUACCAACGUUAACGACGGUACAGAGUUCGGCGGCUCCAUCUACCAUAAGGUGAACUGCCACCUGGAAACAGCCAUCAACCUGGCCUGGACGGCCGGCAGCAACAACACACGCUUCGGCAUCGGAGCCAAAUACCAGCUGGACAAGGACGCUUCGCUGUCUGCCAAAGUCAACAACGCCAGUCUAAUUGGAGUCGGCUACACACAGGCCCUCCGGCCAGGAGUGAAGCUGACUCUCUCAGCUCUGAUCAAUGGGAAGAACUUCAAUGCAGGCGGUCACAAGGUUGGCAUGGGCUUUGAGCUGGAGGCAUAAGGAUGGAGGGAAGAGGAGAUGGGCGAAGAGAAGGAAAAGAGCCUGGAUCUGACAAAACCUUAAUGACACCUGACCUGUAGGCCGUCACUGUAAAUAAGAAUUUUACUUGCCUAGUUAAAUAAAGGUAAAACAUAAAUAAUAAUAAUUUAAAAAAAUGACACCUGACACAUCUCCACCUCUGUAUGCAACACACACAUACACACACACCUCCCAAGUCUUUUGGCCAUAACCCUACAGCCCUUAGCAGCUUCUGAGACCUCCAGUACUGUAAUGAAAUUGACAGACUGUUGAGAACCCAGUUGUUUUUUUGGUUCACCAUCUCUCUGUAUCAUCUCCUUAGCAAUACCCCUACUUAAACAAACAUUACAAACCCUAUUCACCAGAUAGUAUACUACUUAUGACUACUUCAUAUAGGGCUCUGGUCCAAAGUGGUGUAAUAUAUGGAGAAUAUGCUCUCAAGUCAACCUUUUGUUCCACUUCCUCCCCAUAAGCAGACAUAUCUCAUUUUCUUUCCUUUUUAGUAGGGUUUGAUUGUGUGGUAUAAUUUCACUUUGCCUGAGAUCAUGUAUUUCAUUUACUUUUGACUUGAAUGAGAUUGACAGUAGACUUUGUGUAUGUGUGGUACAUUCUAUUGAGUCUAUCAAAGCCAGUAGGGAGUUGUUUUGAAGGAACAACUUAUUUGUACAUUUCAUGAAGUUCCCUUGUCCCAGACAUAGACCUUUACAGGCCUUUCUGUGGGUGGAUGACCACUUUCAGUGACACAUACACAGGGACACAAUGACACGAGCGUACUGCAAUAAAAUGGGCGGCUUAGAACUCUAUUAAAAAUAGGCGACUGGUUGAUUUUCUUUUUCCAAAUCAGGGAAAAUAUCUGCAGUACAGAGAACUUGAAGAUUCCACCUUGACAGUAAGAUUUGUUGACUGAGUUGUGUUCUCAUUCUAUAACAUAAAGCAAUGUAUCAAUGGCUGAACGUUCUGCCUAAUGUCCCACCAUUGGCUCAAUGCCCCUUGUUAGCUCUGUUUUGACCAUUUCAACUCUCUGUGUGUUUCUUUUAUUGGCAAACUAAUACCCCAAACAUUUCUCCAUUUGAACUCUCUUCUUGUGGUUCCGAGUUUUGAGAAGACAUAGAGGCAUGUGUGGAUAUUUUCCAUACCUCUUUGUCAUGUUUCGUUUUUGUCUUUUCAUCUUUGAACUCUCUACCACAUUAUGUAAUGUUGUGUCUGUGCUGUGUUUGGAAGAGGGAAGGUUGGUGAUAAUUGAAACCUCAAACUGACUUUAAGGAAUUUAUGGAAUAAAGAAGAAUGUCAAACA